GGGAGGAAGAGCACUACGAGAGCAGAGAGGCAGCAAGAGAAUAGAAAGGGAGAGAGAAGGAGAGAAUGUAUGUUGAACAGCAAGCGCUUCCUUGUUCAUGUCCUGGGCCUUUGUGAAUAAACCAUGGGAUGUAUUGGCUCUCGAACACUCACGGCAGAUGGGGUUCCAGUACAGAAGGAUGGGGAACAGGUGCACGUCCUGCUCCCUCACUGUUCCUCUUCUGCUGCACUUUCUUUUUUCUGCCCAUUCCCUCUCUUUUUGUCUAUCUCUUUCUUAUUCCCAUCCAGCUAUCCAUGGAGGACACGACCUCCAUUUUGCCCCGGCUAAAGAAGCGGAAUUCCAACGCCUACGGCAUUGGAGCUCUGGCUAAGUCCUCACUGUCAGGUGUGUCAGGAGUGACUCGGUCUAUGAAGGACAAGGUGACAAAGCCGACAGCCAUGGCACAGGGUCGUGUAGCCCAUAUGAUAGAGUGGCAGAACUGGGGAAUGCAGACAGUGGGAGCAGGAGGCACCAGUGCCGGCCGAAUUUCCACCCGCAAACUUCAGCAUGAGCGCAAACUGGAGAAUGAUGCCUACAGUGACCUUAGUGAUGGAGAGAAGGAGGCACGCUUUGCAGCAGGCGUUAUGCAGCAAUUUGCAAUAUCUGAGGCCACAUUGCUAGCUUGGAACUCCAUGGAUGGAGAAAGCAUGAGUGCAGGCUCCAACCAAGGCAGCGUUGCCCAUCUGAGCGAGGCUAAUCAGGAAAGCAUCACCAGCCGAGACCAGAUAUUACACCACUCCUCUGCAGAGGUGUGGCCCCACACAUAUGUCUCCCAAGGCCUCUACUGCCUCUCCUCUUCAGAUGCCUGGGAACCAAUCAGCAACGAGCAGUCAGGAGUGGCCUCUCCAGCCACAGGCUCCUUUGUCAUGGCUGGUGGAGCUUCCUGUGAUAGCAGUUAUGAUGGAAAUGCUGCGGCUCAAUUCCUGUCACAACAGCAACAGCAGCAAUUCAUCCAACACAACCAGUUACAACAAAUACAGCAACUACAACAGAUACAGCAAUACCAGCAACAACAGAUACUGCAGUAUCAACAGCAACAGAUAUUGGAACAAAGACUACAUAGUACCAAUCAAUCUUUACAGGCGACACCCAACAGCACUAUCCACAGUCUGCCGCCACGUACUCACCCACCCCUGGUGGAUCUGUGGGGUGCAGGGCUUACAGAGAGCUACCAGGCAGAAGCAGGUGGGUAUAUUGGUAUAGCUGCAGCCAUGGAGGGAAAUCUAACAGCCCCCUCAGAAGACAUGGGAACAGAACACUCACCAUUACUGGAAGCUCAAGAAGAGGAAGAGAUCAAGGAGGAAGAGGUGACAUUAUGCAUGGAACCAGAACCAGUGACUUUAAUUCCUUCUCCUGCUGCACAGAGAGAGGAAGUGAUCUCAGCAGGAGGAAGCAGUCCAGGACAGGUCCCUGGGGAAUCAAUCACAGAGUGGAAACCUUCUGAUGUCACGUCGUCUGUUAAUGAAAUGCUGGAGGAAAAAGAGGUGGAGUCCGAAUCCUCAUCGGCCAGUGCCACGGCAACCAAAUGAGUGUCAGGAGCAGGAACAAAACUGAUUUUUGAUCAACAUUUAACACUACAUUAUCAGCUAUUUGAAUGGAUCCUUCACUUUUCAGGAAUCUCUCCUUUGUGUUGGAUCUUGUGUGACUUACAAUACAAUAAGGAGCAAAUGACAGAAUUUUCUAAGAAACAUGACAAUUCUGAAGAAGAGCACAGGAGGGAGAGAGACAGAGGGUGGAUAAAUAUAUACACAAAGGGACUCAGAGAGAUGAGUGCAGACAAAGGUUAUACAAAGGUUCAAUACAUGCAUGCUAUUUACAUGGAUGCUACGAGGAUAUAAUAAGAAAACACCAAAAACACCUGGUACAUACAGCACAGACUGGAUAGUUUCUAAUAAAUUCAAAAGCGCAUGAUUGUGAGGUUUAGUGUAAAGUGUUUCAGUCAACACCUUCACCCAUUAUAGAUCUCGUGUAUCAUUAUAUAAGUAAAACAGAUCUCACAGAAAAUUAAUCAUUUGCUUAUUAUAAACGAAUCGAUUUGAACACCCACAGAGGGAAAACUUUUCCUUUUCCUAUUGGCUAUUUAUCACUAUAAAUAGAUACAUCUAAAUAAAUCUAUUAAUAUUACAGACAUCCUGACACACACCUAGACCUGCUUUUAAAAUGUCAAGCAUCAAGGUAUAAAACAUGCAUCUAGAGUACUUACACAUUCACAUUCAGGUUAAAUGUCCUCACACCGGACUAGUUGCUGACAGUGAGCUGUGAGUCAAAACCCUCAUGUUCUUAAAACAAUAAAAAAGUUUUCUCCACGUGAUUUAUUUUAUUUUAUAGACAUAAUAUAAAGACACAUCCAUGCAAUGCUGUUUAAAGGUGACUAUAGGUAAAUAUUAAACAGAACCAAAUUGAGGAAUAACAAAAUGAUCUGUUAAUCAGUUCUGUUAAUGCUCUAUAAAGGUUCAUGAUAAGGUUGUGAAGAUUUUAAAAUGCCCUCAUUUCCCAUCUUACAUGGGGAAGAAUAUUCACUUUAAAUUGAGAGCAUUUUUUGUGUGCCAGCCCAUUAGUUUAGAAAGAUCAGAAAUUCAAAGCUUAUUAAUGAACACACGCACACACACAUACACACACAGUUCUGCAGAAGAUUGUAUCAUAGUGGUCUUCCUUCUCUGUGUCACCUUUGGCAUGCAUGCUAUAUCUCGGUGUAAUAUGAUGUCCCGUACAGCACUGUAUAGCUAUUUGCACUGAACCUUUUUACUCUGGCCUGGUCACUGAAACAAAUGCUCAAAUGAGUUUUGCAAGGCUUUGCUUGGUUGAGCGAUUAAGGCACAGGUUUACACAAUCUUUUUGGAGUUUGGUACGAUCCUGAGAGGAAAAAUAAUCUACAGUCUACUGAAUGCAGCUUUACAGGUUUUUCCUUCACAAUACAACUGACACAAUGUCAGAAUGUCGGAAUUUAAUGGAUGUGGUUCAUUUGCACUUUUGUUCAGUGACUAUUCAUGAAAUGUAUUUGGAAUUGAACUAAAUCACCAACAUAAACAGUCUGAAUAGGCUACAAUAUAUUAGGACAAGCAAGUGUAUGAGUGAGAUGGAUGAAAUAUGCUGCAUCACUGACAAAAAAGAGAAAAAAAAUCCUGAUAUGUGUUCAUUUAAGACGUUUUCAGUUACAUUUAUGUAAAUACUGCUAACCCUUUUCAGUUAUUUCUUUAUUUUUAUACUACGUGUCUUAACUUCUGUUUGUAACACAACAUGAUUUACUGCUGGACACUUAAAGCCUGUAUUGUACACUACAGAUAUAAGAUAUUGUCUUUGAGAUCAGCAUAUGUAAAUAAAUCAACAGAAAUAUGGACAUAUUAUCUAGAAACAUGUUUUAUCGGAAUCUGGCUUCAGAGCGAAAGGGAAGUGACCUCAUGAAGAACUCAGGCCAAUAAGAAUGGACUAGGUGUCUUCCUGUUCGUCAUAGUUACUGCUUACUCGAGUGGCUAUGGCUGGACACACUGCGUGCUGAGUGUGUGAUCUGUUAUGUGUGUAUGAGCUGAUCUGGGACCAGUAAAGGACGACACAGUGACUCACUCAUUCUUGCUGUGUGUGAUCUAUUAAAGAUAACAAAAGGACAACCACCAGGACCUGCUGCAUAUCCUGGCAAAUUUCAUUUGUUUUAUUUAUUUAUUCGUUUGUUUGUUUUUUGGAGAUCACUUCAGUUGACUUCUGAAGGUUAUGUGGAAGCCAAAUACAAUAAGAUAAAAUUGUUCAUUGACUUGAAAGACUUUAUUUAUUGAUUGAUUAUUUAUGCAAUGUUUGGACAAUGUUUAUUUUUGUACAGAAUUAUGAGCCCUUCUCCAAGUAUAUGACAGAGCACAUGUCAUUCUUCUGAGCUACUGAGACCGGCAUGGAGACUGGAAACUUUGGAAGAUUUUUAAGCGUAUGUGUGUGUGUUUGUGUGUGUAUCUAUAUAUUUGCGGUAUUUUACUUAAUCAUCUGUUAACUAACGCUCCAUUAUCAUUAUAUGCAGGUAAUACAAACAAACACUUAUGACAGUAGUGACAUAAGAGCCAGUGUUUAUAAGGCUUUCGUUUUUGUCAGAAAGUGCUAAUGAAGCUCAACUUAUGAGCUUCCACUGUUGUCCAGUCUAAGUGCCAGGCAGAAGGGAGCACUAAGUUAAUGAUAUGUGCUCAUUUAUUUAUUUAAGCAUUAUUUUGGAAGAGGACUUCUUUAUCAUUUAGCGAUGUAGACACAUUUGAUGGAAAUGACAUCACUCUUCAUUAAGUCAGUGGCUGAUUUUCCUCUUAAUUUUCUGCAAUGUCAAAUUUUACUGCGUAGAUUUUUUAAUCCCCUGAAUAGGGGGAAAUCUGGGUUGCUCGAUCAAUUAAAAUAGAAGACUUGGUUACAUCUUGUAGGAAUCAGACUGGUGUCUGUUCAGUUCCAGUUCGGCCAAAACAGAAUAAUCACUAAUUAUAUAUUGGCUUGCAUAACAGGGAUUGACUCAUCAUCACAAAAGCCAUCAGAAGCUAAUUAUACCAAACGCAAGACUGAAGAGUGAUGUCAUUUCCUGCUAGGUAUUUUAUUUCUUUAUAUGUAACAUAAGAAAUAUGGAUGAAUAUAGUAAUAAUCACAAACCAAAUGUAUUUCUUUGGUUAUUACUGUUUGUGAGUGCAGAUUGUGUGAUUUUAAAACGUUUUUGUAUGACUCUACUGCCAUCUUUCAAUAUAACACAACAUAAUGGGCAUGACUCUAUAAACUGUUCUGUUUAUGUUAUCUCUAUUUUUUUAGUCUCUAUGUGCUUUUCUGUUUAUAUCCUGUCUCUCUAACCCCGGUGUUCAUUUUAAUAGAGGAACACAAAGUGAUCCUAAUUGAAUUUUUUUGGUUUUGUUUUAAAAAUCUAUAUAAAGUAUGAACCAUGUGAUCCAAAUAUGUUUGAACAAGACAGAUAUGAAUUCAUUUGGAUAUGGACUUAUUUGAAUAAGUGUAAGUGGGAAUUCGAUCUGUGAUGCCUAUAUCUAUGCAUGCUUGUCUGAAGGGUCUAAUGACAUGGUUCUUCCAGUGUGCUUUCACUUCUCUCUCCCUGUCUCUGUCUCGCACUCUCUUCUCUCUUUUUUCCUGAACGAGAUUUAAAAAAAAACAACAACUCCCCAACCAUAGACAAAUACCCUGUCCUAUUCUACCUC